AUGCCUGCCAUGUCUCGUAUCGCCCUCACCCUGGGCCUGGCUCUGGGUGCUUCUGCCGCCCCGAACUCAAUUGUCGCGCCUACUGGGGCCGAGAAACUUACUGUUGGUCUUUUGGGAGACUACGGCUGGACUGGCUGGCAGCCUCUGCCUCUGGACUUUUGCAACACUGCCUUGCCUAAGCUCCAGGCUGAUGGUGUGACCAUCCCUCGCGAUCUCCAGAAUGACUGUGACCCUGGUGACCGCGCUGAUAUCGCCAAUGCCACCAUCGAGGAGACCUGGACAGCUCGCACCGCCAAGUACAUCGAAAAGGUCUGCCUCAAGAAGAACUGCUCCGCCUUCAUGUCCGUCGGCGACAACUUCUACGACAGCGGUGUCGACUUCACCUCCGAGGGCAUCCAGCGCUUCUACGAAGGCUGGGCCAACAUGUACGUCGGCAAAGCCUUCGACGGCAAGCCCUGGUACCAAGCCCUGGGCAACCACGACGUCGUGGCCGGCAAAGCCGGUGUCGACUUCCAGACCCGUAUCGCCCCUCUGAUGGAGGACCGGUGGUACUUUGGCAACGACAACCUGCCCUACUACACCUACGAUCUGAAGGGAUCCAACUGGACCGCGACCUUCGCCGUCGUCGACUCGGACUGCUUCAUCAACAAGUACCAACAGAGCACCUCGGUGUACAACACCGACUACGUCAUCGAAUGCCACAAGACCACCCAGACCCAAGUCGAGUUCCUGCGCAAGGCCUUCGCCGAGUCCAAUGCUACCUGGAAGAUCCUCCAGAUCCACCACGGUUUCAUCUCCUCGUCGACCAACUACACCGAGCUCGCGCCUUUGAUGGACAUUGUCCGCGAGAACAACGGUGUUGUUAUUAACGGUCACGACCACUGCAUGGCCCACUACCAGUUCAACGGGACCAACUUUGUUCUCACCGGUGGAGCGGGCUAUGCCGAGGCUGGUGAUUGCAACUACGGUGUUCCUAUGGGUCCGUUUACCAAGUGGCUUGGUGCUAAUGCUCAGCAGGCUGCUAAUGGCUUUGUCACUCUUGACAUUAGCUAUAAUGCGCUGCACUUUGAGUACUAUGCUCGUGAUAUGCAGCUCAAGGGUGCUGAUUAUUACCCCGUUGCUCACGAUAUGGUGCCUUCGUAUAGCUUCGAUGUCACCAAGCAUGCUACCAAGGUUUAA